CGGAUGUCGGGAUUCCGUUAGUCAGUAUUUCACCGGCUGUCGGGAUUCUGGCGUCGGUCUCCUGAACGCCAGGAUCCUGACAGCAGGAAUUUUAACUGCAACUCCCCUGAAUCAAUCCUGCGUUUGCCCCCUGAAGCCUGCAUCGCCCCCUCCUUCAUCCUGUGUGUCUCAACCUGCAAAGGGAGGCUGCAGCAGACACCUGCACCGUGAUCCCAGAAUUUGACAACCUGUACUUGGACAUGAAUGGCAUCAUCCACCAGUGCUCUCAUCCAAAUGACGAUGAUGUGCAUUUUCGAAUAACAGAAGAUAAGAUUUUUGCAGAUAUAUUUCAUUAUUUGGAAGUGCUGUUCCGUAUUAUAAAGCCAAGAAAGGUUUUCUUCAUGGCUGUGGAUGGUGUUGCUCCCAGGGCAAAGAUGAACCAGCAGCGAGGGAGACGUUUUAGAUCUGCAAAAGAGGCAGAAGACAAAAUAAAGAAGGCUGUAGAAAAGGGUGAGGUCUUACCAACAGAAUCCAGGUUUGACUCCAAUUGUAUUACUCCUGGAACGGAAUUCAUGGUUCGCUUGCACGAGCAUCUGAAGUAUUUUGUGAAUCUAAAGAUUUCCACAGAGAAGUCCUGGCAGGGAGUAACGGUCUACUUAUCUGGUCACGAGACCCCAGGAGAAGGAGAACAUAAAAUAAUGGAGUUUAUACGAUCUGAGAAAACAAAACCAGAUCAUGAUCCAAAUACAAGGCACUGCCUUUACGGAUUAGAUGCUGACUUGAUAAUGCUUGGUUUAACAAGCCAUGAAAUUCACUUCUCUCUUCUAAGAGAAGAGGUUCGCUUUGGUGGGAAGAAGAAUCAAAAAAGAGUUUCUGCACCUGAAGAAACCACAUUUCAUCUGCUUCACUUGUCUCUCAUGAGAGAGUAUAUUGAUUAUGAAUUCUCAUCAUUAAAAGACAAGAUCUCAUUUGAAUAUGAUAUAGAAAGAAUAAUAGAUGACUGGAUUUUAAUGGGAUUUCUUGUGGGCAAUGAUUUUAUUCCUCAUCUACCUCAUUUGCACAUUAAUCAUGAUGCACUGCCUCUGUUGUACAGAACCUACAUUAGUGUCUUACCAGAACUUGGAGGUUACAUAAAUGAAAAUGGGUAUUUAAACUUGAUUCACUUUGAAAAAUAUCUUGCAAAACUUUCAGCCUUUGAUCGGGAACAUUUUAAUGAAAUCUUUGUUGACCUAAAAUGGUUUGAAAGCAAAGUGGGUAAUAAAUACCUCAAUGAGGCUGCAGGCCAAGCUGCUGAAAAAGCUCGAAAUUGUAAGAAAAAAAAGUCCAAGGGUUUUGAUGACUCUCUCUCUUUAGGUGCGUUAGAGAAAGAUAAAGAAGAAAAGUGUUUAGAUGAAGACCAAGAAGAAGAAGAUAUCUUCGAGACUGAGUUUAGACAGUACAAACGAGCUUACUAUAUGUCCAAAAUGGGAGUGGAGAUUGUUUCAGAUGAGUUUUUGGCUGAUCAAGCAAAGUGUUAUGUCCAGGCUAUACAGUGGAUUUUGCACUACUACUACCAUGGAGUCCAGUCCUGGAGCUGGUAUUACCCAUACCAUUAUGCACCAUAUCUGUCUGAUAUUCGAGAUAUCAGCCACCUGAAGCUGACCUUUAACUUGGGGACACCCUUCAUGCCAUUUGAGCAGCUACUUGCUGUCCUACCAGCAGCUAGUAAGGAACUGCUUCCUCAGGCUUACCAGAGCUUAAUGACAAGUGAGGAGUCUGAAAUUAUAGAUUACUACCCACAAGACUUUAAAACUGACCUUAAUGGGAAGCAGCAGGAGUGGGAAGCUGUGGUUCUGAUUCCUUUAAUUGACGAGACUCGAUUGCUGGAUGCCAUGGAGCCCUGCAACAAGCAUCUGACUGAGGAUGAGAAGAAGCGGAACACACAUAGCGAGUGCUUAAUGUACUUGUAUGAGAAGGGGCUUAACUUCAAGCUCAACUCGCCCUGGCCAGAAACAUUUCAAAGCUAUGAACAUUGCCAUGCAAGAUGUAAAACCAUUUCACUGGACGCAUGGCAUGUGGAUAUGGUGGAUAACAAGAUCACAAAAGUGAACAAGAGCGCACUCUAUUUUUGUGGCUUCCCAACUCUGAAACACAUUAAGCACAAAUUUUCUCUAAAGAAAUCGGGAGUUCAGGUUUUCCAACAGAGCAGCCGAGGAGAGAACAUGAUUUUACAGAUUUUGGUAGACGAAAGUUCGGAGCAAACUGAAGUGGAAUCUGUGGCCUCUGCAGUGCUUGGGAAGUCCGUAUUUGUGAACUGGCCUCACCUUGAAGAAGCUCGUGUUGUUUCUGUGUCCGAUGGAGAAAUGAAGUUCUAUUUAAAUGAACCUCAUGGAACCCAGAAACUUUACAUUGGUGGGUCGGUCCCACCGACUAAAGUAGCUUAUGUCGGUGACAAAGAGCGAAACAACUGGGUGAAGGAUGUGCAAGGAAUCUCUGAAUUCUACCAGAGAAGAAAAGGAGUAAUAAUAAAUGAAACCUCAGUGGUGCUGAGUGCUCAGCUGCUUACUGGCCGUCGAUACCAGAUAACACAGAAUGGAGAGGUCUGUCUGGAGAAACAGUGGUCCAAGCAGGUUCUCCCCUUUGUAUAUCAGGCAGUUGUCAAGGACAUUACUGCUUUUGAAUCUGGCUUUUCUAAAUUCAAGACUCUCAGUGACCUGUUCUCACCUGGGAUUACAGUCUUCAUGCUGGGCAUACCCUACUAUGGUUGCAUGGGAGAGGUGCAAGACUCAUCUGAUGUUCUCAAUGAGAAUAGAAUCCGUGUUCUUUUUAACAUUCCUUGUGAGCCUCAGCUAGAUGCCUUAAUACAGAACCAGCAUAAAUUUUCUGUAAAAUAUAAUCCUGCCUAUGUCUUGGCAAAUCGCCUUGGAGUGAGCGCGUACCUGGUUUCCAGGUUUACGGGAAGUAUUUUCAUUGGCAGAGGGUCCAAACGAAAUCCCCAUGGAGAACAAAAAGCAAAUGUGGGUUUAAAUUUGAAAUUCAAUAAGAAAAAUGAAGAGGUUCCUGGCUACACCAAGAGAGUGGGUACUGAGUGGACAUACUCCUCUGCUGUAGAACAGCUGCUGGGUGAAUAUACAGAGAGGUACCCUGAGCUCUUUACAUACAUUUCAAAGACUAGCCAAGAUGAUGUAUUCUAUGAGGAUGACAUUUGGCCUGGAGAAGAUGAAAAUGGUGCAGAGAAAGUUCAGGAGAUUGUCUCCUGGUUGAAGGCUCACCCUGUCAGCAUGUUGUCGCGCUCGUCAUGCGAUUUACAAAUCUUAGAUGCUGCUAUUGUGGAGAAAAUUGAAGAGGAGGUUGCCAAAUAUAAGACCAAGAAAAGCAAUAAGAAGGUGCGGGUGACUGUGAAGCCGCACUUAUUGUUCCGGCCUCUUGCACAGCAGCAUGGAGUCGUUCCAGACAGAGAUGCAGAGUUCCGACUGUUUGACCGUGUUGUCAAUGUACGUGAGAGCUUUUCUGUCCCUUUGGGACUCAGAGGAACCAUUGUUGGAAUCAAAGGAGCCGAGCGUGAUGUUGAUGUGCUGCUUGAAGUAUUGUUUGAUGAGGAAUUCCCCGGUGGUUUAACACUAAGGAGUUCCCAAUCCAGAGGCUAUCGUUUACCAACAAGUGCCUUAAUCAAUCUUUCCCACGGUAAUCGUACAGAGAGCGGAGGACAGAAGUUGACUGCUAUAGUAAAACCACAACCAGCCAUCAAUCACUAUUCCCCUUACUCCCCUGAAUUAUCUGCAGGAGGAUCACAAAAAGGCCACCUUGGUGCCCUAAACCACUCUCCACGCUCUCCCUUCAUUCCCACCCGGCAACCCAAUGAAAAGCAGCAGUUUCAGGGAAAUGCAAGCUCUCUAAACAAAGGUUUUGUUUCAUCUGGAAAUCAGAAACAAAAGCAUAAACAAGAGGAGUUUUGCAAUGUGUGGCAGUCCCUGCAAGGCACCGGGGGACCACAGCAAGUAUCACAAAACGUGAAUGACAAGAGUCUACCUCAGGACAAGAACGCUGGCCAAAAUAUGCACCAGUAUCAUAAACUGGGCUAUGCUGAGAACUCCUCAAAAUCCCAGCACAAAAAUUCAGAUCCACUAACAAAAGAGUUUCCAAAGCAGGAGAUCCGACAUCAGGAUGUAAAUAAACAGAAUAUCUCUGAGCCUGUAACACAGAUCAAGCUGUUGAAGCGGAAUGAGCUGUGUAAGCAAGAAUUGGACAGCUCUAAUGCCAGGAUCAUAGAAAGAAAGCAAAACAAUGAGUUUGAGAACUUUGUUGCAUCCCUGAAGAUUUCAGGAGAAGAACAAGCACUGUCUGCUCCCAAACCAGAGGCACAGAAUAUUCCUGAGGAACACUUGUCUCCGCAGUCCUUUGCUAUGAAAGGUACUCAAAUGUUAAAAGAGAUCUUGAAGAUUGACAGCUCUGAUAGUCUGGAUCAGCAGAAGGAGGUCAAGCAGGAUCCUAGAACCGCACCUGUCCAGCGCAGGCAAACCAAGCAAAUGGCAGCUCAUAUGAACAGACCACAUGGAGCAGGACCAUCUUUCGGUGCCCCCAACCCAGAGUUAUUGCGUCCACCUCUUCUCCCUCAACCUUUGACCACACCAGUCUCUGAACUUUGCCGUAUCUGCUCCCUUGUUGGAAUGCAUGCACCAGAGUUUUCACUGUUAAGAACACCCCAGGCACUGACAGUCUGCCAAGUGAAGCUGUCAAAUGGUUUGGUCAUACACGGUCCUCAGUGCCAUGCUGAAAAUGAAGCAAAGGAGAAAGCCGCUUUGUAUGCAUUACAGAGACUGAGCUCCGUUGGUGCUAACUUUUCUUUGCCGCCGCCGCCUCUGUUUCCAAAUUAUCAACCUCUUGGACCUGGUGUACCUGCUGGACCACUGUCUGCCGUCUUUCCUCAACCCGCAGCUAAUAUUAUCCCUCCAGCACCACAUUUGUUUGGUGCCGUUUCUUGGAGACCAGCAAUGCCACUUCAUAAUAAACCAUACUACCAAGGACACUAUCCUGGGCAUAUGCCGGCUGGUAGUCACAAUCAGUUCAUACCACUACAGGUAACAAAGCAAAGAGCAUCUGUUAAUAAGAAUACUGAUGUCAGAGAGACAUUGAAUACAUCACAGAGUAAUUUAAGCAAUGAACAGAGAUUGGUUCCUGAUGUGGCUAGCCAGCUGUGCUCAAAUAACCCUUCUGCAAGCGUAACGUCACCACAAACCGCACACCCUCCUACGCCGGACAAUGGUGCCUCAUCUGGCUCUGUGAAGUAUCAUGGUAAAGCCACACCUGGCUCGGGCAACAAGCGGAAACCCCGAAAACUAGCUGUCAAUUUCAAUGUUUCAAAGCCAACUGAAUAAACUGGACUUGGAGUCCUGUUUACGUCCUCUGAAUUACCGCCUUAACAUUGCUGUGUACAAACGGCACAAGCUGCUGUCUACUUUUUUUUUUAAACCAUUUUCUUUUGAUUAUUUUUUCACAUCAGUGGUGCAGAUGAGUUCUCAAAGUUUUUAACUGCAAAAUAAUAAUACAGGACUUUAAGUACUGGAGAUACUGUAUAAAUUGCAUGAUAUGUUUACUAGGGAUGCACUGAUUCCAUGUUUAAGUUGUGCGCUUAGCCAGGUCUUUUGUUUAUUUGCAUACUUGGAGCCAAUUCUGAUUACUGUGUCGGGUUCAAGAUGUCAAAUCGUCUGUAACAGGAUUUGGUAUUCAACUGAAUGGUAAAAUCAGCAGUAGAUGCAUCCCACUUUUUAUUUAUUGUAUUUUCCCAGAUGAACCUUUGCCUUCAGAAGCCUGCACUAAAAAAAAUUUCUUUUACAGGAUUGGUAAAAAAAAAAAUCCCCUCAAUUAAUAUUUGAGAUCUCAAAGUCUGGUAUUAAUAAGAUACUUCAUAACAGCAGCUUGUGACAUAAAUAUUGAUAGUCGCAUGAGACUCAAUAUUUGAACAUUCUCAUUUUCAAACAAAUGUAAUUUGCGAAUACGUGCAGCGACUCAUCGCAAGAAAUCAGAGCGAAUUGCACAGCUUGGAACCAAACUGAUGUCUAUGGGUUUCUGUACUGGUUGGUAACGUCUGCUGCUGUGAUCCAUCUGCUUUCAUAAAUUGAUCCGCUGUAGAAGAGUAUUAUUGUUAUAGGCCUAUUUUUCAACCAUGAUUUUACCUAAUAGAACAUUUAAUGGAAUCUGAUUCCCCUCCCUGUGGUGUUGCUUUGCUCAGUAUGAAAGGCCACAUUUCUUCUGAUUGUAUCUCCAUAGAAAAGGUAACAGACCAUGCUUCUAUACUAUACUGGGAGCUUCUAUAUAUUCUGUUUGCCAAUAUUUCUUUGCAAAAAUUGAUUUUUAGCAAUUUUUCCACAAUUAUUUUAAGUACUGGAAUUUUUCAUUUGGUCUUAUACAAUCUAGCAUUUUAUGAACAAAAAAAGACUUUUAUGUGCUCAUUUCUCUAGUGUCUACAUUUUAUUUCAAUGGAUUUUCACUGUAUUUACAGUACAGAGUGCAGCUGCUUCCUAGCAAUUGCUGUUAAUUGUGUGUACAAAUAAACCAAAUGUAGUGCAGUCCAGAACCGCCAUGGCAUGCCUCUGCUCUGCACAUUGGGCAAAGCCAGGUUUUGAUUUUAUUAAAACAAAUGUUGAUUUGCAGAAUUGUACACAAAGUAAAUUAAAAGUAUAUGCAAUGUUAAGAAGUUUUGUCUUGAAACUUUGUGAAGUAAAAAAAAAUAUUGUUCUAGUUUUA